CGACGUGAGGACCGCAGUUGUGCCGCAUCAAGCCAAAUUCGUGAUGUGACGCCGUCGCGGAAACGGUAAAACGUAAUCUAGCGUCUUCUAGCGACAAAUCAAGGAGCCAAUAGCUGUAAUCACUGAAAACCAGUCCGCAACACUGCACGGUGUCAACGUGCUUUUCAUGGUUGGAUCGCGUAGUAAACAGAGGCAGAGGUCCGAGUGGAGCUCAUUACUACUGAAGAAAUCUAUGCACAUUUCACAAGGAAUCGCUGUUCGUUGACUGAAGCUUUACCAAAGAGAAAAUAAUAUGCAUACGUUUAGAUGAUGCUGCUGCUUUGCAAAUCUAGGACAACGUGAUCUCGAGGAACAAUAAAUCAUCUAUUUUUUAUCCAUGGUGUUUGCAAGUUGUAAAGCGAUGGAUGGUAUCGGGAACACAAUGCAGAAGAAGGCUGCGGAGCUCGAGCGCAUGGCCGAGGUUCUCGUCACCGGAGAGCAGUUGAGGCUGCGUCUCCAUGAAGGGAAGGUGGUUAAGGACCGCAGGCAUCACCUGAGGACGUAUCCCAACUGCUUUGUGGCCAAGGAGCUGAUCGACUGGCUGCUGGAGCACAAGGAGGCGUCAGACAGAGACACGGCCAUCAAGAUCAUGCAGAAACUCCUGGAUCAAAGCAUCAUCCAUCACGUUUGUGACGAGCACAAGGAGUUCAAAGACAUGAAACUGUUCUAUCGCUUCAGGAAAGAUGACGGGACGUUUCCGUUGGACAACGAAGCCAAGGUCUUCAUGAGGGGACAACGGAUAUAUGAAAAGCUGAUGAUGAACACGGAGACGUCCAUCCUAGCGACUCGGGAAGAAGAGGGUGAGACGUUUGAACGGACGCUGGUGGCCUCGGAGCUCGUUGAUUGGCUGCUGGCGGAGGGAGAGAUGGCGACCCGAGAGGAGGCGGAGCAUCUUGGACGGAGGCUUCUAGAACACGGGAUCAUGCAGCAUGUGACCAACAAGCACCACUUUGUGGAUGGAGGGCUGCUGUACCAGUUCAGACUGAACUUCCGAAGGAGACGACGUCUGAUGGAGCUGCUGAACGAGCGCUGUCGUACCAUCCCAGAGAGCCAUGACAGCCCCUUCUGUCUCCGCAAACAGAACCCAGAGGGAAGCAACACCAGCUUCCUAUCUGUGAGUCCUACUAAAGAGAUCAAGAUGAUAGUGGGUAUUCGUCGUAGCAGCAUGAGCAGCAGCUGUGGCAGCAGUGGUUACUAUAGCAGCAGUCCCACCCUCAGUAGCAGCCCCCCGGUGCUCUGUAACCCAAAGUCAGUAUUGAAGAGACAAGUGAGUCCUGAGGAGCUGCAGACCCCAGGAGGCCCUUACAUAAAGAAGACAUUCACAAUCGUGGGGGAUGCGGUGGGCUGGGGCUUCGUGGUGCGAGGCAGUAAGCCCUGCCACAUCCAGGCUGUCGACCCCAGUGGUCCCGCAGCUGCAGCUGGGAUGAAGGUGUGUCAGUUUGUGGUCUCGGUCAACGGGCUAAACGUGCUGUCUCUGGACUACAGGACAGUCAGUAACCUCAUCCUGACCGGGCCCAGGACCGUUGUCAUGGAAGUCAUGGAGGAAGCAGAUUACUGAAGAGGCAGGCUAUCACGUGGCAGGGGGCGUGGCUGAGCAGAGUAGACCCAAGGCAGACUCUAAAGACACCAUAGAGAUAGACGUGCCCUUAUGGAACUCAAUGGGAAACUCUCUCUGGGCUUCUAACUCUAUGGGGAACUCUCUCUGGGCUUCUAACUCUAUGGGAAACUCUCUCUGGGCUUCUAACUCUAUGGGAAACUCUCUCUGGGCUUCUAACUCUCUGGGAAACUCUCUCUGGGCUUCUAACUCUAUGGGAAACUCUCUCUGGGCUUCUAACUCUAUGGGAAACUCUCUCUGGGCUUCUAACUCUAUGGGAAACUCUCUCUCUGGGCUUCUAACUCUCUGGGAAACUCUCUAUAGGCUUCUAACUCUCUGGGAAACUCUCUAUAGGCUUCUAACUCUAUGGGAAACUCUCUCUGGGCUUCUAACUCUCUGGGAAACUCUCUCUCUGGGCUUCUAACUCUAUGGGAAACUAUCUCUCUGGGCUUCUAACUCUCUGGGAAACUCUCUCUGGGCUUCUAACUCUAUGGGAAACUCUCUCUGGGCUUCUAACUCUAUGGGAAACUCUCUCUGGGCUUCUAACUCUAUGGGAAACUCUCUCUCUGGGCUUCUAACUCUAUGGGAAACUCUCUCUGGGCUUCUAACUCUAUGGGAAACUAUCUCUCUGGGCUUCUAACUCUCUGGGAAACUCUCUCUGGGCUUCUAACUCUAUGGGAAACUCUCUCUGGGCGUCUAACUCUAUGGGAAACUCUCUCUGGGCUUAUAACUCUAUGGGAAACUCUCUAUAGGCUUAUAACUCUAUGGGAAACUAUCUCUGGGCUUCUAACUCUAUGGGGAACUCUCUCUGGGCUUCUAACUCUAUGGGGAACUCUCUCUGGGCUUCUAACUCUAUGGAAACUCUCUCUCUGGGCUUCUAACUCUAUGGGAAACUCUCUCUCUGGGCUUCUAACUCUAUGGGAAACUCUCUCUGGGCUUCUAACUCUCUGGGAAACUCUCUCUGGGCUUCUAACUCUAUGGGAAACUCUCUCUGGGCUUCUAACUCUAUGGGAAACUCUCUCUGGGCUUAUAACUCUAUGGGAAACUCUCUAUAGGCUUAUAACUCUAUGGGAAACUAUCUCUGGGCUUCUAACUCUAUGGGGAACUCUCUCUGGGCUUCUAACUCUAUGGGGACUCUCUUUGGGCUUCUAACUCUAUGGAAACUCUCUCUCUGGGCUUCUAACUCUAUGGGAAACUCUCUCUCUGGGCUUCUAACUCUAUGGGAAACUCUCUCUCUGGGCUUCUAACUCUAUGGGAAACUCUCUCUCUGGGCUUCUAACUCUAUGGGAAACUCUCUCUCUGGGCUUCUAACUCUAUGGGAAACUCUCUCUCUGGGCUUCUAACUCUAUGGGAAACUCUCUCUGGGCUUCUAACUCUAUGGGAAACUCUCUAUAGGCUUCUAACUCUAUGGGAAACUCUCUCUGGUCUUCUAACUCUCUGGGAAACUCUCUCUGGGCUUCUAACUCACUGGGAAACUCUCUCUGUGCUUCUAACUCUAUGGGAAACUCUCUAUAGGCUUCUAACUCUAUGGGAAACUCUCUCUGGGCUUCUAACUCUAUGGGAAACUCUCUCUGGGCUUCUAACUCUAUGGGAAACUCUCUCUGGGCUUCUAACUCUAUGGGAAACUCUCUCUCUGGGCUUCUAACUCUAUGGGAAACUCUCUCUCUGGGCUUUUAACUCUAUGGGAAACUCUCUCUCUCUGGGCUUUUAACUCUAUGGGAAACUCUCUCUCUCUGGGCUUCUAACUCUAUGGGAAACUCUCUCUCUCUGGGCUUCUAACUCUAUGGGAAACUCUCUCUCUCUGGGCUUCUAACUCUAUGGGAAACUCUCUCUCUCUGGGCUUCUAACUCUAUGGGAAACUCUCUCUCUCUGGGCUUCUAACUCUAUGGGAAACUCUCUCUCUCUGGCCUUCUAACUCUAUGGGAAACUCUCUCUCUCUGGGCUUCUAACUCUAUGGGAAACUCUCUCUCUCUGGCCUUCUAACUCUAUGGGAAACUCUCUCUCUCUGGGCUUCUAACUCUAUGGGAAACUCUCUCUCUGGGCUUCUAACUCUAUGGGAAACUCUCUCUCUGGGCUUCUAACUCUAUGGGAAACUCUCUCUCUCUGGGCUUCUAAGGAAAGACUCAGUCAAGCUCUGCCAGCCACCACCCACGUCUCUUUCCUAUUGGACGCUGCUUCCCUCUGAUGGCCUCCAAUAAAACUGCUUGGAGAAGAGAGAGGGACAUUAGUUACUCUGUUAGAUACACACAUCUUGUCAUUGGUCUCCUGUCUCAUCUGUCUAGUUGAUGUUGAGACAUCACAUGGACCCUGAUAACAUAACAGCCCCCUGCUCCAUGAUUAGGGGACUGUGCCCUGCUGCCCCCUUCUGGUUUCUCACUGUCUCCUGUGGUCUGUGUUUUCUUUAUGUAUUGAUGGUACUACCUACCCAUGUGUGAAGCUGUUUGUGGAGAGACAGUUCUGGACCUGUCUAGAUCUGUCUGUCUUUCUCUAUCCCGGGACGAGAUGUGGUGAAGUUGAAGACAGGCCUGAAAGAGACAGGCAGCAUAUCAUUCGGGACAGGCCUGAAGGAGACAGACAGCAUAUCAUUCGUGACAGGCCUGAAGGAGACAGACAGCAUAUAAUUCGUGACAGGCCUGAAGGAGGCAGGCGGCAUAUCAUUCGGGACAGGCGGCAUAUCAUUCGGGACAGGCCUGAAGGAGACAGGCGGCAUAUCAUUCGGGACAGGCGGCAUAUCAUUCGGGACAGGCGGCAUAUCAUUCGGGACAGGCCUGAAGGAGACAGGCGGCAUAUCAUUCGGGACAGGCCUGAAGGGGAGAGAGACGGCAUAUCAAUCAGGACAGGCCUGAAGGAGACAGACAGCAUAUCAUUCGGGACAGGCCUGAAGGAGACAGACAGCAUAUCAUUCGGGACAGGCCUGAAGGAGACAGACAGCAUAUCAUUCGGGACAGGCCUGAAGGAGACAGACAGCAUAUCAUUCAGGACAGGGCUGAAGGAGACAGAUAGCAUAUCAUUCAAGACAGGGCUGAAGGAGACAGAUGGCAUAUCAUUCAGGACAGGGCUGAAGGAGACAGAUAGCAUAUCAUUCAGGACAGGGCUGAAGGAGACAGAUAGCAUAUCAUUCGGGACAGGAGUGUGAUGCAUUGACAAGUGACUGGUCAAUCCUCUGGGCCACAUGAUGCAAACCACGUCCAACUAAUCCAGAGCUGUUUGGACGUGUGACACAAAUACCAGCCUGGUUCCACUGUGCCGUUGACUAGAGAUCACUCACUAUACAUUGUGGUAGUUGUGUGAAGUUGGCCUUAGUUUAACCAAGCAAACAGGGUUGUAAAUAAUGUUCAUGUUUAUGGAGAACUAAUUGUUGUCGAUGAUGUGUCUUUUCCCUGUACACUUAGGGCGAGUUUCCCGGACAACAAAUCCUGGACUAAAAAGUCUAAAUCAAUGGAUAAGAUUAUUCUUUGUUCGGGAAACCGUCCCUUGAAGACAAAGUAGGUAGCUACUAGCUAGUUAAUGAGGUAACACUUGACUGGAUGGUUCUACUGUCUGUAGGCCUGAAUAUCAUGGUUAUAAUUACCACAUAAAGGAUAUGACUCAGUAUGUAGACCAAAAGGUUGCGCCUGUAACAACUACCUUCACUCUGUCAUGACACAACCAACCAUUACCCAUCAGGCCCCUCUCCCAGACAUGCAUUUUGCCUCACCUUGGACUAGAAAGCAAGCUGAAGGGAGAAUCUCUGUUGAAAGAGCUUUUUGGUCCAGGGAAUCUGCUCAUGGUGAUAUAAAUGGGGUGGUUUGUAUAGUUUUCUAAGAUUUAUAACGUGUAAUGACCGUGAUGAGUCUUUAGCACCGGCGUUGAGGCCUAUGACGACACCCACCUGUUACCAAUAAGCCGAAUGUGGAUGUCGUAUAUCCACUAUAGUCCCUAGUCUUUCAGAAGUGGCAUGUUCCACACUACCGUCAAUUCUAUAAUAUAUGGAUAGGUUAACAUAUAUAUAUUUAAUGUAGAUCUGUGUAUGGAUUUAGACAGACUAAGGCACUUUAAAAAAAUGACAAUAACUGUUUGCAUCAGUUCGUUUUCUAGUUAAAAUGUCUGAAAAUGGAUAGUGUGUUAAGACGUCACUAUGCUGUAUCAUCCUGAAACAUAAACGCAUUAAGAAUGAUCAACCCUUUCUAUUUGCCAUCAGACCCGAUCUACUUGUAUUUAAGAAGGAGAAAAGGGGGUUUAUUUCGGGUAGCUAGCUGUGAAUUUAAAGUAGAAGAACUAUUGAUGGCACGAGAGAAACAAUCUAUGGCAGUAUUUAAUAACAGAGUCAUCUGUAGCUCAGUGUGCCAGGGUCAACUGUGGUCUUAUGACAUCACUUCCUGGUCAGAUGAAGUAGCCUAGGUUCAUUGUAAGAUUUAAUAAUAAUAAUAAAGAAUAGCAGUACAAGCUCUGUUCAUGGUCACCUUUCUUCGAUAUGCAGUGUUGUUGUUUACCAUAAUGUCAAGCCUCAAAUCAUAGGUUUGAUUUGAGUUGUUUUUGGAAAACGACAGUCACUUUUUGACAAGCUAGGAUUCUGUCUCUUUCUAUAAUGUGCUUAAAUGUGUAAAGUGACAAAAUGCAUCAUACAUACAUAGGUUCUUGAAUGUAGUGCUGGCUAACGAUCCAGGGUUCUUUUUUCAGGACUGAUAUAUCAUUGGUUAAGCUCUCACUAAGAACAUUAGACAUCAGUGAUUGGGUGAAUGGCUGCUCUCACUAAGAACAUUAGACAUCAGUGAUUGGGUGAAUGGCUGCUCUCACUAAGAACAUUAGACAUCAGUGAUUGGGUGAAUGGCUGCUCUCACUAUGAACCUUAGGCAUCAGUGAUUGGGUGAAUGGCUGCUCUCAUUAUGAACCUUAGACAUCAGUGAUUGGGUGAAUGGCUCUCUCACUAUGAACAUUAGACAUUAGUGAUUGGGUGAAUGGCUGCUCUCACUAUGAACAUUAGGCAUCAGUGAUUGGGUCAAUGGCUGCUCUCACUUUGAACAUUAGACAUCAGUGAUUGGGUGAAUGGCUGCUCUCACUAAGAACAUUAGACAUCAGUGAUUGGGUGAAUGGCUGCUCUCACUAUGAACCUUAGACAUCAGUGAUUGGGUGAAUGGCUGCUCUCACUAAGAACCUUAGACAUCAGUGAUUGGGUGAAUGGCUGCUCUCACUAUGAACCUUAGACAUCAGUGAUUGGGUGAAUGGCUGCUCUCACUAUGAACAUUAGGCAUCAGUGAUUGGGUGAAUGGCUGCUCUCACUAUGAACCUUAGACAUCAGUGAUUGGGUGAAUGGCUGCUCUCACUAUGAACCUUAGACAUCAGUGAUUGGGUGAAUGGCUGCUCUCACUAUGAACAUUAGACAUCAGUGAUUGGGUGAAUGGCUGCUCUCACUAUGAACAUUAGGCAUCAGUGAUUGGGUGAAUGGCUGCUCUCACUAUGAACCUUAGACAUCAGUGAUUGGGUGAAUGGCUGCUCUCACUAUGAACCUUAGACAUCAGUGAUUGGGUGAAUGGCUGCUCUCACUAUGAACCUUAGACAUCAGUGAUUGGGUGAAUGGCUGCUCUCACUAUGAACAUUAGGCAUCAGUGAUUGGGUGAAUGGCUGCUCUCACUAAGAACAUUAGACAUCAGUGAUUGGGUGAAUGGCUGCUCUCACUAUGAACCUUAGACAUCAGUGAUUGGGUGAAUGGCUGCUCUCACUAAGAACAUUAGACAUCAGUGAUUGGGUGAAUGGCUGCUCUCACUAAGAACAUUAGACAUCAGUGAUUGGGUGAAUGGCUGCUCUCACUAAGAACAUUAGACAUCAGUGAUUGGGUGAAUGGCUGCUCUCACUAUGAACCUUAGACAUCAGUGAUUGGGUGAAUGGCUGCUCUCACUAAGAACAUUAGACAUCAGUGAUUGGGUGAAUGGCUGCUCUCACUAAGAACAUUAGACAUCAGUGAUUGGGUGAAUGGCUGCUCUCACUAUGAACCUUAGACAUCAGUGAUUGGGUGAAUGGCUGCUCUCACUAUGAACCUUAGACAUCAGUGAUUGGGUGAAUGGCUGCUCUCACUAAGAACAUUAGACAUCAGUGAUUGGGUGAAUGGCUGCUCUCACUAUGAACAUUAGACAUCAGUGAUUGGGUGACCCACUGCAAUGCAUGAGGUUUUCGUGGUAUGUUUGUUUUUUACACAUUUCUACUCCACCACCUAGUUUCACUUUAGUCCUGUAAUGAAUUAUUGGUUCUGCCAUACUAGGAAAGGCUUGUGUUGUUUGGUAAAGCAAGAACUUAGAGUCAUUUUAAUACUUCAGCUGUUUUUGGUUCCACUUUACUGACAGCAUCCAGGUUAAAACGCAUGAUAAGGUGUUAUUAGCAUGAGCCUUUUAUAAUGUCUUAUCAGGCUUAUAAAAAUGCUUAUCCUGUAUUAAUACCUGUGUGUUUUAAACAGACACAAUGACCAGAAAGAACUGGACAUCCAGUCACUAUUGGGACUUCUUUAAUGUGCCAUGUUAUAAAUGUUGAAACAUUUGCCUUAAUAACUUUGUGUUUUUGCUGCGUGUCUUCUUUUUAGUUGGUGAUCAUUUUUAAUAUUUGAAUAUCUUCUCCUUAAUUAAAGGGUUCACUAUGCAAUCCUCUUCCUGAUCGGUCUUACUAUAUUAACCUUCUGCUGCUUAUUUUACAGACGGGACAUCUUUUUUCUCUCUUCUUGACAAUCAGUGUUUUCUUGAUACAGAAGGUCUGUGUUUCCAAAUGGUAGUGCACUACUUUGGACCAGGGCCCAGUAGUGGCAUUCUAUAUAGGGAAUAGAAUGCCAUUUGGGACGCUACAGAGAUCUGAACAGCACAAUGACCUGACGGCAGUACGGAUAGAGAUACAACACAAUGACCUGACGGCAGUACGGAUAGAGAUACAACACAAUGACCUGACGGCAGUACGGAUAGAGAUACAACACAAUGACCUGACGGCAGUACGGAUAGAGAUACAACACAAUGACCUGACGGCAGUACGGAUAGAGAUACAACACAAUGACCUGACGGCAGUACGGAUAGAGAUACAACACAAUGACCUGACGGCAGUACGGAUAGAGAUACAACACAAUGACCUGACGGCAGUACGGAUAGAGAUACAACACAAUGACCUGACGGCAGUACGGAUAGAGAUACAACACAAUGACCUGACGGCAGUACGGAUAGAGAUACAACACAAUGACCUGACGGCAGUACGGAUAGAGAUACAACACAAUGACCUGACGGCAGUACGGAUAGAGAUACAACACAAUGACCUGACGGCAGUACGGAUAGAGAUACAACACAAUGACCUGACGGCAGUACGGAUAGAGAUACAACACAAUGACCUGACGGCAGUACGGAUAGAGAUACAACACAAUGACCUGACGGCAGUACGGAUAGAGAUACAACACAAUGACCUGACGGCAGUACGGAUAGAGAUACAACACAAUGACCUGACGGCAGUACGGAUAGGGAUACAACACAAUGACCUGACGGCAGUACGGAUAGAGAUACAACACAAUGACCUGACGGCAGUACGGAUAGAGAUACAACACAAUGACCUGACGGCAGUACGGAUAGAGAUACAACACAAUGACCUGACGGCAGUACGGAUAGAGAUACAACACAAUGACCUGACGGCAGUACGGAUAGAGAUACAACACAAUGACCUGACGGCAGUACGGAUAGAGAUACAACACAAUGACCUGACGGCAGUACGGAUAGAGAUACAACACAAUGACCUGACGGCAGUACGGAUAGAGAUACAACACAAUGACCUGACGGCAGUACGGAUAGAGAUACAACACAAUGACCUGACGGCAGUACGGAUAGAGAUACAACACAAUGACCUGACGGCAGUACGGAUAGAGAUACAACACAAUGACCUGACGGCAGUACGGAUAGAGAUACAACCUGCCACGUACUCUCUGCUUCAUAGAAGGUUUUACUAAUGGUAAUGAAUCUAUGACUUUUUGAUUAAAAAUCUAUUAUAAUAUAAUAAUAAAAUAAUAAUAUUUUUAAAAUGUGUUUAUUUUUACCAAUCAGUCAGCAGCUCAUUUUAAAGGGAUUCAUUCAUCUACAGAUCAUUAUGUUCAUGAAGUAAUCUAUGUACAUUAAAUGAUCUAGAUUACACUCUGGGCUCACGAACUGACUAUAUAAAGGCUUUGAUAGCAGUUUGUGUACAUACAUUUUAUAAAAUACAUUGUGUGGAUGAAUGAAUGUCAGGACAAUGAAAAUAUAUAAGCUCACGUCUGGCAUCACGUCUGGCAUCACGUCUGUGUUGUGCAAUGCAGCUAAAGGCAUAAAGUUCAUAUGUAAAGUUCAUAUGUAAAGUUCAUAUGUAAAGUUCAUAUGUAAAGUUCAUAUGUAAAGUUCAUAUGUAAAGUUCAUAUGUAAAGUUCAUAUGUGUUUUAAUAAACAUACUGGUUUGGUUCAA